AUGGCCUGCGCCCUGGAACCAGAGCCGCUUGCAGAGGACAGCGGGGACGAGAGGCCCAAGUGGGACAACAAGUUACAGUACCUCCUGAGCUGCAUUGGGUUUGCCGUGGGGCUGGGGAACAUAUGGAGGUUCCCAUACCUGUGCCAGACCUACGGAGGAGGUGCCUUCCUCAUCCCCUACUUCAUCGCACUGGUCUUUGAGGGGAUCCCACUCUUCCACAUUGAGCUUGGCAUCGGCCAGCGCCUGCGCAGGGGCAGUGUCAAGGUGUGGCAGAUUAUCUCCCCCUACCUUGGUGGAGUAGGUCUGGGCUGCUUCACCAUGUCCUUCCUGGUCAGCCUGUACUACAACUCCAUCCUGAUGUGGGUGCUCUGGUACUUCCUCAACUCCUUCCAGCACCCACUGCCCUGGAGCACCUGUCCCCUGGACCUCAACAGAACAGGGUUCGUGGAAGAGUGCCAGGGCAGCAGCGCCGUGAGCUACUUCUGGUACAGGCAAACACUGAACAUCACAGCAGACAUCAACAACAGCGGUGCUGUGCAGUGGCGGCUGCUCGUCUGCCUGGCCACCUGCUGGGUGAUCGUGUACCUGUGCGUCAUCAGAGGUAUUGAGUCCACAGGCAAGGUAAUUUAUUUCACAGCCCUGUUCCCGUACCUGGUCCUGACAGUCUUCCUUAUUCGAGGAUUUACCUUGCCAGGGGCGACAGAAGGACUGAUCUAUUUGUUCACCCCCAAAACACAGAUUCUCCGGAACCCACGGGUGUGGCUCGACGCAGCCACCCAGAUAUUCUUCUCUCUGUCCCUGGCCUUCGGAGGACACAUCUCAUUUGCAAGUUACAACCCGCCCAGGAACAACUGCAAGAAGGACGCCGUGAUCAUCGCCGUGGUGAACAGCAUGACCUCCCUCUAUGCUUCUAUUGCCAUCUUCUCCGUCCUGGGUUUCAAGGCAACCAAUGACUACGGGCACUGCCUGGACAGGAACAUCCACAGCCUCAUCAACACGUUUGACCUCCCAGACCAGAGUGUCUCCAGGGACGACUACCUGGCCGUGCUGGAGCACCUGAACGCUACCCAUCCAGCGCGGGUGGCCCAGCUCCAUCUGAGGAGCUGCCACCUGGAGGACUUCCUGGACAAAAGCGCCUCGGGCACAGGCCUGGCCUUCAUUGUCUUCACGGAGGCCAUCAUCCACAUGCCAGGGGCUCCUGUGUGGGCUGUGCUCUUCUUUGGAAUGCUGUUCUCCUUGGGCCUGUCGACCAUGUUCGGGAACAUCGAGGGGGUCAUCACGCCACUCCUGGACCUGGGGGUCUUGCCCAGAUCGGUCCCCAAGGAGGUCCUGACUGGGGUGACCUGCCUGAUCUGCUUCCUCUUGGCGCUCUGCUUCACCAUGCAAACCGGGAACUACUGGCUCGAGGUCUUCGACAACUAUGCCAUCUCCCUGAACCUGAUCGUCUUUGCCUUCUUCGAGGUCGUUGGGGUCGUGUAUGUUUAUGGGAUGAAACGAUUCUGCGAUGACGUGGAGUGGAUGACCGGGAGGCGGCCCAGCUUGUACUGGCAGGUGACGUGGAAGCUCGUCAGCCCCCUGCUGCUGCUGUCCAUCUUUGUGGCCUACAUCAUACUUCUGGCCCAGAAGUCGCCAAGCUACAGGGCCUGGAACCCCCUAUACGAACACUUCCCUGCCCGGCAGGAGAAGCUCUAUCCGGGCUGGGUGCAGGUCAUCUGCAUGCUCCUGUUCUUCCUGCCCUCCCUGUGGGUCCCUGCAGUGGCGCUGGCCCAGCUGCUCGCCCAGCGACGAGGACAAAAGCAGCAGCUUGUGCGUCCCCAGCUGCAGGACGGCCAUGCCUGCUGA